GGCGGGGCCGCCAGGAAACGAAAGCGAAACGCGGCGGAGCGGAACCACCCGCCGCUCCCGGAAGCGCCCGCUGGGCGGGUACCGGAAGUCGGGCACGGGGCGGGCGCGAGGUGGCCGCCGCCAUCUUGGGUGCGGGCAGGACGGCGGCCCGCGAGGCCCAAGCGCCGCCGAGCACUCCCGUCACGGCCGACGCCGCCCCCGCGCUGUCCCGGUGUCCCCCGGGCGCCGCCGGAUUAGCGCUGCGGUUAAGCUCAUUUCCGCCGGCCCCGCCGGGCCCCGCGCCGCUCCGGGCAGUGUCCCGCCGCCGCUCUGGGGAAUGGAGGACGGGCGCUGCGCGAGGCCGUGCCUGCAGGUGAGGGCCGCGAAUCGGGGAGCGGGGAUCGGCGCGGUAGCGGGGCGCUGGGCUCGGGCACGCAGGCACAGCCGCGCUGGGGGCGGUUGGCUGCGUGCCCCGGACCCGCACCCGCUCUUGGGGCCGAGUUUGUGGCCGGGGCCGCCGCUAGGCCGCUACCCCACAGCCGGGCCGGGCCGCUGCCGGCGUCUCCAUGGCAACGGCGCCCGCCCCCGCGUUACACCGCCCCCCGCGGGCACGGCUGCUGGCGGCGGGCGGGGAUUGGCCGAGGUGGGCGGGGCGGAGGGCGGGGAUUGGCCGGGGUGGGCGGGGGCGCGGCCUGGAGUUGAGGGCGCGCUGUUCCCUGUUCCCGCACGGCCCGCUCCGUACCGGCAGCUGCUCGGGGCCGACGGGCCCGGCCUGGACGCGCUGCUGCUGCUGCUGAUGGCCCGCGUGCCGCCGCCGCCGCGGGGCCUCUUGCCCGCCCUGCCCGGGAGCGGUACGGAGCCCGCGGAGCCAGGCGGCACCUCGCCGGGCGGCCUGGCCCGCUCUCUGCAGAGGGCGGAGGCGAUGCUGCGGAGCUGCGUCAGCCCCGGGAUUCGGCUCCUGCGCGGUCCCCGGCCCGGCGGCUCCUCCGCCUCCGACAGCGAAGAGGAGGACGAGGAGGACGGCCCCCGCGCGGCUCGGCUGGAGCAGAGCUUCCAGGGGCUGCGCCGCGCCUUCCGCGCCUGGGAGAACCCGCGCACUGAGACCUUCCAGGGCCACGUGCUGCCGCCGCCCGGCGACGCCUUCUGCUACCACGCCGUGCACCCGCGCGUGGCCGAGCGCUGCGCCACGCUGCACGCCCUGCUGCAGCACCGCCACCAGCUGCGCCUGGCCCGGCUCUACAGCCGCCGCUUGAAGGCCGCCUCCGAUUUCCUCCGCCGGCUGCUGAGCGCCGAGCCCCGGCCGCUGCGGGCGCUGUGCGAGGAGCUGCGGGCGCACGCCGGGCACUGGGCCGCGCUGCAGCGGCGAAUGCGGGGCGACGCGUGGCUGCGGCCGCUGCUGCUGCGCCGGCCCGAGGCGGUGGCACGCAUGCGGCGGGCGCUGGGGCUGCUGGCGCUGCAGGCGGCGCGGCUGCUGGAGGAGCGGCUGGAGGCCGCGUUGCGCGCCGCGGUGCGGGACGGGGCCCCCCCGGCGCUGCUCGCCGACCUCUUCCGGGGCCUGGAGAUCUACAACCGCACGGUGGAGGAGCUGGUCCCGGAGCCGGGCUCCGCUCUCUCGGCCGCCGGCGGGCCGCCCCGCGCCUUCACUCUGCGGCGGGUGCUGGCCCUGCUGGCGGCCGAACGGGGCCGGCGGGCGGCCGAGAACCUCGCGCGGCUCCUGCGGCGUCCGGACGGCGGCUCCGUCGCGGAGGAGGAUGCGGGGCAGGAGGCGGCGGGGAGCCUCUCCGACGGGCUGCGGGCGCUGUGCCGGGAGGACGAGCGGCUCGCGCUCCCCGCGCUGCAGGCGCUGGUGGCCUCCGCCGACGGCCUCUGGCGCUCCGCCCUCGGCGUUCCCGGGGAGAGCCCCGCGGCCCCGUCCACGCGGCCGGGCUCGGGCUGCAAGGCGGUGCGCUGGCUGGACGCGUCCCACGCGGCGGCGGCCGAGGCCCUGCACGCCCGUUACCGCCCGCUGUGCUGGGAGGCGGCCGGCGCCGCGCUGGGCCCGCGCCUGGAGCUGCCGGCCGACGGGACGGGGCGCGCCGCCGGCGCCGCGCGGGAGCUGCAGCGGGCGCUCGGACCGGCGCGCGUCCCCCCGGAGUGCGAGGAGGAGCUGGGGCGGCUGUGCCGGCGGCUGCAGUGCCGAGACGCCCUGCUCGUCUGGCAGCGAGACUUCGCCCGGGCGCUGGGCUCGGGGCUGAGCGACCGCUGCUCGGUGCCGGAGCGGUCAGAGGGCGCAGCGCAGAGCGGCACGGCGCGGCUCCUGCAGCGGCUCUACCCGGCCCUGGGCUCGGCCCUGCGGAACCUCCCGGACGCCCCGGAGGGCAGCCCCCCCGGCUCGCCCUGCCCGCGCCUGCAGCUGCUGGGCUGCUGCUUGGCCACGGCGCAGGCCUCGUGCUCCUGGCUGAUGGGCAAAGCCUUCCAGUACCUGGCGGCGUGGUCCCUGCAGCAGUUCCUGCUCGUCACCCAGGGAGAUCUGCAGCUGCUGAAAGCCGAGACGGACGCGCUGGAGCUGCUGGUGAGCGCGGCCUUCCCGGAGCCCGGGGACAGCCCCCAGCACCUCCCGCCCCACCGGCGGCUGCGCUCCCACCACGAGAGGCGGCUGUGCCAGCAGAUCCGCUCCGCCGCCGCCAGCAUCCAGCUGUUCGCGGGGGACGUGCUGAAGCUCUUCUCCACGGACUGCAAGCGGAUGUCGGCUGAGAUCUUCGACCAGACCAUGCCGCUGGGCAGGCACUGGAGGCUCGGCCUCCGAGCCGAGCUGCCCAGCUCCCCCAGCGAGUACGCGGCGGCGGCGGCGCAGACGGUGCUGGGCCAGGUGCUGCAGGGCGCGCAGCUGCUGCCCCGCGACUCGCAGGUGCCCACGCUGGCGCGGGUGAUGACGGCCUUCGUGGAGGCGUGGAUGGAUCACAUCCUGGCGCAGAAGAUCAAGUUCAGCCUGCAGGGCGCUCUGCAGCUGCAGCAGGACUUCGCGCUGGUGCGGCAGCUGGUGCAGUGCGAGCAGUACGGGCUGGAGCCCGACACGCGGCAGGCGCUGCUCUCGCUGCGCGUCCUCCAGCAGAUGGACGGAGCCAUCCUCUGCCUCCUGCAGCAACCCAGCGGCAAGGCGUACCUGCCUCCCCACGGCUGGCCCUCCCUGCGGCAGUGCUGCUCCAACCACGGUGCCCGCGCGCAGGAGCUGGGUGCCAGCAGCCUGCACAGCCUGGAGACCUUGGAGGCGGCGGGGCCUUCGGCGGGGCCCCCCCCGCCUCCUCCCGGCUCAGAGCCCCCCGGCCGGCCCCGCGGCGGCCCCCCCGAGUCCUACCUGUCGGGCGGGCAGCAGCAGUGGUUGGCGCUGCGGCUGCACGGGGCGCGGCGCUGGCGCGUGCCCGGGCUACCCUGCAUGGCCAAGAGCCCCGAGGGCUGAGCGCGGCCGCAAUAAAGCGACGCGGCGCCGAGCACCA